GCGGCGGCGGCGCAGGAACCGAGGCCCCGGGCGCCGGGGACACGGGCCGCGCCCGCAUCUGUCACAGAGGCCGCGGCCGGGCGCGCGGCCGGGCGGGCGGCGACAGGGGCACCUGAGCGCUGCCCCGCGCGACCCCCGAGCGCACGCGCGACAUGAGACCAUGGACAGCAGGACGCGGGAAAACCCAGAGAGAACCUUUGACUUGGUGCUGAAGGUGAAAUGCCACGCCUCCGAAGAUGAAGAUCCGGUGGUUUUGUGGAAAUUCCCAGAGGACUUUGGAGACCAGGAAGUGCUGCGGGGUGUGCCGAAGUUCUGCUUCCCCUUCGACGUGGAAAGAGUGUCUCAGAAUCAGGUCGGACAGCACUUCACCUUCGUGCUGACGGACAUCGACAGCAAGCAGAGGUUCGGGUUCUGCAGGCUCACCUCCGGGGGCAGGACUUGCCUGUGCAUCCUCAGUUACCUGCCAUGGUUUGAAGUAUAUUACAAACUUCUGAACACUCUGGCAGAUUACUUGGCUAAGGAACAGGAAAAUGACUUGAAUGUAACUCUCAGAGCGCUCUAUGACCACCCCGUGCCAAAGGCAAACAGCCCCGUCAAUCUGAGUGUGCACUCCUGCUUCAUCGCCCCCGACCUCGCCGGACUCCCCACCAUCCCCGAGAGUAGGAACCUCACGGAGUACUUCGUGGCCGUGGACGCGAACAACAUGCUGCAGCUGUACGCCAGCAUGCUGCACGAGCGGCGCAUCAUCGUCACCUGCAGCAAGCUGAGCACGCUGACCGCCUGCCUGCACGGAUCGGCCGCCCUGCUCUUCCCCAUGUUCUGGCAGCACAUCUACAUCCCCGUGCUGCCGCCGCACCUGCUGGACUACUGCUGCGCUCCAAUGCCCUACCUGAUCGGAAUCCACUCCAGCCUCAUAGAGAGAGUGAAAAAUAAAUCACUGGAGGAUGUGGUUAUGUUAAAUGUUGACACAAACACUUUAGAAUCACCAUUUAAUGACUUGAUCAACCUCCCGAGUGACGUGGUCUCGGCCCUCAAACACAAGCUGAAGAAGCAGUCCACGGCGACAGGGGACGGUGUGGCCCGGGCCUUCCUCCGGGCACAGGCUGCUCUGUUCGGGUCCUACCGGGACGCGCUGAGAUACAAACCCGGCGAGCCCGUGACUUUCUGCGAGGAGAGCUUUGUGAAGCACCGCUCGGGCCCCAUGAAGCAGUUCCUGGAGACCGCGGUCAACCUCCAGCUGUUCAAGCAGUUCAUCGACGGGCGGCUGGCAAAGCUGAACUCCGGGAGGGGCUUCUCCGACGUCUUCGAGGAAGAGAUCACGUCCGGGGGCUUCUGUGGCGGGAGCCCGAGGUCCUACCAGCAGUGGGUGCACACGGUCAAGAAAGGCGGCGCCCUGUUCAACUCGGCGAUGACCAGAGCCACUCCCGCCGUCCGGACGGCGUAUAAAUUCGCGAAAAGCCAGGCGAAGCAGGGCAUCCGCGAGGUGAAGAGCAAGCUGAAGCACAAGGAGAGCGAGGACGGCUUCGGGACCUGCUCCGGCUGCGUGCAGUACACGCCGGUGUACAUCCCGCACGGCGAGAAGGCGGCCAGCCCGGAGAAGCGCAGGCUCACCCAGACACGCGUGAGGAGGACCCGCAAGAGCCUCGACGGCCCCGUGUAUGACGACGCGGAUGCAGACUCGGACCGCACCAGCAAGCUGUCGUCCGAGGACGGCGAGGAAGCGCCCGCGGACUUCUACGAGAGCGACGACUCGGCGGAGACGGGCGUGCAGACGGCCUGCUCGGGGGAGAUGGACCUGCUGGGGGAGAUCCUGGACACGCUGAGCACGCACAGCUCCGACCAGGGGAAGCUGGCGGCCGCCAAGAGCCUGGACUUCUUCCGGUCCAUGGACAACCUGGACUACAAGGCCACGAGCAAACCCAGCGUCCCGAGCGAGAACAGCCUGGCCCUGCUCGACGGGGGGUCCGGGGACCAGACCCAGUGGCACCUGGGGCAGGACGACAGCGCCCUGCGCGGCAAGCACCUGCCUCCCUCCCCGAGGAAGCGCGUGUCCUCCGGCGGCGCGAGACAGUCGCUGCUCAGCCUGGCGGAGGACAGCAGGGCCGGGCUGCCCCCCGAGACCCCCGAGGGCUGUCGUGUGGCGGCGGCAGGACCGGCGGAGCCCCCUGCAGAACCGGACUCCCGGCGGGCUCCUCCCGCCGCCGCGUCCCCCACCGGGGAGGGGGCACCGGAAGACACGGAAACACUACGCCGGACCUCAGGGGACCUGCCGGUGCCCGACCUCGGGCGACGCCCGUCCACGUCCGUCCCUUGGGAAAAGGGAGGGAGCGAGGCCGAGGAGCCCGCGGAGGGCGCCGGGCUGCUCCGUGAGGUCGUGCCUUUGUGCCGCAGGAACUCCCCCUUCCGACCGGACUUGCCCUGCUCGGAGGAGAGCCCAAGUGGGAACCAAGCCUAAGGCGACGGCGAAGGGUCGGCCCCUUGCAUCCAAGCUCCUGGGGGGACGCCCUAGGGCUCCCCGUGAUCGGCACAGCAAACUGCUAUUUGUAGGGACGACAGCUCUGGCUGCCGUCCAGCACCUACCCACCUUCCGCUGGAGCGAUCGCAUGGGUCCCGCGGGCAUAUACACUGCUCGCUGGUUU